ACACGCGUGCAGAGUGCGCUGUAAACGCUAAAUAAACGUGUUCUGCUCAGUUCUGCUUUUUACACGUGCGGGUUACAGAAAUCCAGCAAAAUUUUAAUAAAACAAAAUACGGGGAAAACCCAAUUUACUUUAUUUUUAAGAAGAAAAGUAAACUACUUAUUCAUCAAUUGUUUUUUUCUGUGUGUAAUUGUAUAAGAAUAAAAUUUGGAAAAAAUGGAGGAUGAACCAAUGGAGGGUGUCGCGAUUGAGGAUGAGGGUAGCAAUCUGAGCAGCGAAGAACCCACGAACAAAACAAGUUCGAACAAAAAUAAAACAAAGACUCGAUCGAAAGUAUAUCUCCCAGGAAAAUCUUUGAAAGAAGGAGAAGAACUUGUGGUAGAUGAGUCAGCGUAUAGACUACUACAUCAAGCACAAACAGGUGCACCUUGUCUUAGCUUUGAUAUAAUACCAGAUGACUUGGGUAAUUCAAGAGAGACAUAUCCUCUAAGCAUGUACAUGAUUGCUGGUACGCAAGCUGCCAAGGUACAUGUCAAUAAUCUCUAUAUCACCAAAAUGUACAAUUUACACAACAAGCAGCAUUCAGAAGAUUCAGACGAUUCAGAAAUUGAAUCAAGUGAUUCAGAAUACGAUGAAGAUCAUAAGCCACUUAUGAGUGCUGCUUCUAUAAAACAUCAGGGAUGUGUUAAUAGAGUAAGAUGUACAAAAGUUGGCGGAACAGUCCUAGGUGCUAGUUGGAGCGAACUUGGACGUGUAAAUAUUUGGAAUUUACAAGAGCAGUUAAACGCAAUUGAAAAUCCUACUUUGCUUGCUGCGUAUAACAAAAACAACGAAGACAUUAAACCAUUAUACACAUUCAAAGGCCAUCUUUCUGAAGGAUUUGGUCUCGAUUGGUGCCGUGCGGAACUUGGCACUCUAGCAUCUGGAGAUUGCAAGGGUAACAUUCACAUAUGGAGAGUUGACAACACCGGCUCGUCUUGGCACGUCGAUCAAAGACCGUACAAUUCACACGCUCCGCAUAGUGUGGAAGAUUUACAAUGGUCGCCAAAUGAAAAGAACGUACUUGCGUCGUGUUCAGUUGACAAAAGCAUAAAGAUUUGGGACACUCGAGUGAGUCCGCAAGAUGCGUGUAUGUUGACAGCGUCCGGUGCUCAUUCGGCCGACAUCAACGUUAUUUCAUGGAAUCGUACAGAAAGUCAGUUUAUGGUAUCAGGCGGUGAUGACGGACUGCUGUGCGUAUGGGAUUUACGGCAAUUUGGACAAAAUGGUUCAAGUCCAAUUGCUACUUUCAAACAGCACACCGCGCCGGUCACCACUGUGGAGUGGCAUCCUACAGAAGCUACAGUGUUUGCUUCUGGCGGAACUGACGAUCAGAUUGCUCAGUGGGAUUUGUCGGUUGAAGCAGAUAACGUGGACGAACCUCAAGACAGUGAAUUGGCCAAAUUGCCACCACAGUUGUUAUUCAUACAUCAAGGACAAUCGGAUAUCAAAGAAUUACAUUGGCACCCACAGUGUCCAGGUACCAUAAUAUCAACUGCAAAUUCUGGUUUUCACAUAUUCCGGACGAUUAGUGUGUAACGCUAAAAAAAAUAAAGAUAUUGUGUAUAUAAAUGUGUCCUCCGUAAUGGUUAAAUUUCAUAAAACCUCUGUUUUUAUGCCGUACAUUUUUUAAUCUUUUUUUAAUUCAAAUUAUUUCUCUAUGUAAAUUUUAUUUGAGCAAGUGAUAUUUUUAA